AUGCCGCUGACUGCAGUUGAGUUGCUCAAGGAUACAGUCAACAUCCUCUACAAGAACUUCUGGCCGCUCAUCCUCAUCUUUGCCCUCACAGACCUGUCCAUGUUUGUGCUCCAUCGCGUCAGCCACCGCAUCACCAACGAAGCUGCUGUGCGAUUCUUGGGAGGAUCCAUCACUCAUCAAAGCGUGGGCAACCUGUGGUUUCUCAGCAACAACCCUGAGAUUGCCAAUUUUCAGACAGGGUAUCAGUACCUUGUCGCUGUAUUCUUCCUGAUUGUCUUCCCCAUAAAUAUCCUCAUACGGAGCUUCGCCUCGACCAUCACCAUCCUCUACGCCUGGAAGAAUGCAGGGGAGCCGAACGAGUGCCCGGACCUGAAGCCGACCUUCAUUCCGCCAGUGCGGUACAUGUGGGCGAACCUGCGCUGCGUGUGGCCCAAGAUGCGCGGCGCGGUGAGCCGGGUGUGGUUUGUGGAUCUGCUGGUGGCGGUCAGAGUUCUGCCGCUGCAGUGCCUGUCGCUGCUGCUGCUGCCGCUGCCCUGGACUCUGCCGCGCAUCCUGGCACUACAACUCGCCAACCCGGCUUCCGUGGUGGAAGGUUGGGAAGGGGACGAGGCUCUGAAGCGCUCGGAUGAGAUGACAAAGAUAAAGGGGGUGAAGAAGGCGCUGCUGUGGCCCUACAUCGGCCUUAUUCUGGGCAUGCGCUUAGUCAGCAUGGGCCGCACGCCAAUUCUGGCCGCCAUCCCUGGCCACAUCAUCAAGGACGUGCCCGAGAUCCCCUUCAUCAUCUACUGCACCCUCAUGUUCCUGUCUGUCGUCCUCAGCAGGUUGCAAGACGUGCUGCCUCUUGCUGUGUUCAAGAAAGGCAAGGAUAGGGAGGCCGCCUCAGAGGCGCAGCUGAGCUUGUGA